GCCUGCGUGGCGAGCCGGAGCCCUAGGGUUGGGCAGCACUCGGUUCCGUGCAACUUUCAAGUGAGUUGCAAACUCCGCCUUGUAGGCCGGUGCUGGUGGCCCGGCGCGCUGGAACCGCGGCAACCCGCUUCAGCUCGGGACCAUCAGCAAGGGCCAAGCGCCAGGUUCUCCGCGGCAGGAAGGGCGGGUCGGAGCUGUAACUGCCCCGGCCGCGAGGCGCGCCCGCUCCCAAGUCGGCUUCCUUCCUGCCGGGGCCGCUUUGCCUCGGGUCUCCCCAUUCUCCAGGUCCCCUGAAGGGCACAGUCGGAGGCCGAGGGCGGCGGGCUCUGCCUCCGCCGAGGGACAGCCAGAUCGCCCCUCUGCUUCCCGCAACUGCCCUGAUCACCCCCCGUCCCAGCCCUUGAGUGAACGUCCUUCUGAGCGGCUUCCUGGGGUCCUCCGCACGUCCCAAAGACCGGCAAGAUGGUGUCCUGGAUGAUCUGUCGCCUGGUGGUGCUGGUGUUUGGGAUGCUGUGUCCAGCUUAUGCUUCCUAUAAGGCUGUGAAGACCAAGAACAUUCGUGAAUAUGUGCGGUGGAUGAUGUACUGGAUUGUUUUUGCACUCUUCAUGGCAGCAGAGAUCAUUACAGACAUUUUUAUCUCCUGGUUCCCUUUCUACUAUGAGAUCAAGAUGGCCUUCGUGCUGUGGCUGCUCUCACCCUACACCAAGGGUGCCAGCCUGCUUUACCGCAAGUUUGUCCACCCGUCCCUGUCCCGCCAUGAGAAGGAGAUCGACGCGUACAUCGUGCAGGCCAAGGAGCGCAGCUACGAGACCGUGCUCAGCUUCGGGAAGCGGGGCCUCAACAUUGCCGCCUCCGCUGCUGUGCAGGCUGCCACCAAGGUGCUCCGGGCCCCCAGCCCUCCAGCAGCCCCCAUCCCACCCCUAAGGCCCUUUGGGCUCAUUCAACUCCUCUGCCAGGGAGCCCAGAGAUGGCAGCCAGGAAGCAGGGGUGAGAAGGUGACAGGGGGGUAUUGGCAGAAGCGUGGAGCUGGAGUCAGACCUUCCUUCCUAGCUCUGGCACUGAGUAGUCAGGGGGCGCUGGCCGGCAGGCUGCGGAGCUUCUCCAUGCAGGACCUGCGCGCCAUCCCUGAUGCGCCUGCCCCUGCCUACCAUGACCCCCUCUACCUGGAGGACCAGGUGCCCCACCAGAGGCCACCCAUUGGGUACCGGGCCGGGGGCCUGCAGGACAGCGACACCGAGGAUGAGUGUUGGUCAGAUACUGAGGCAGUCCCCCGGGCGCCAGCCCGACCCCGAGAGAAGCCCCUAAUCCGCAGCCAGAGCCUGCGUGUGGUCAAGAGGAAGCCACCGGUGCGGGAGGGCACCUCGCGCUCCCUGAAGGUUCGGACGAGGAAAAAGACUGUGCCCUCAGACAUGGACAGCUAGGGUCUGCUGCAUCUGGCCCCUUCUUACCUCGUGCCCUGCAGGGCUCCAGGGCUAUUUGGAGGGACCUUGGGCUGCACAUCUGGCCUGCCUGCACCAGCUGCCUGGGCCCCGCCCUCCUGACUCCUGCUGAUGGUUAAGGGCCGGCAGCAGAUGCUGCCAAGUCCACGUGCAGGGAUGCGCCCACAAUGUACCAAAGCAGGCUGGGCCCAGGGUUCUAUUUAUUGCCUUGCUCUGCCCUCUCCCUUCCCCGGUUGUGGGACAAGAGCCCUCCCUGAACCCCCGCAAAUGAAACCAAAUGUCCACCUGGGUGUGUUCAUUCCUUCUUGUCCUUCAAAGUACUUGAUAGCCUUUCAUAAGGCCUGGCACGUGUGUCCUGGUUGUGUGUGUGUGUUGGUGAGUGAGGUCAGGUUUGCGAAUGUUUUGAUAAAUAAAUACAUAAAGGGGUUCUGUUUCUCCUGA